AGGGCAGGUUUUAACUUGUCUUUACCUUUAGGGGGCUGACGGACACAGACGUUGUUGCAGAGGUUUGUUUUAAUCAUAUCAGCCUUUGCGCAACACCUUUUGCUGUAGAGACGCCCUUCUUGACAGACCAGUUUUGGCGCUGAGUUUGUGAAGCUACUAUUGUUAAAGCUCUCUCAGUUGACAGAUCUAAACAAGAAACUACCAGACAUUUGAACGUGUUUAAACUUAAUGCUGUCAGAACUUCACUUUUCAGUCCAUAAGGUUUCAGCAACUCAGCCAUGUUCUCAUCUGUUGAGGCGUUCAAAAAUCAACAUUAUGCUGACCUGAAGAGGGACUGCCUCCAAAACAAGAAGCUGUUUGAAGAUCCAGAGUUCCCUGCAAACAAUUCAUCUGUGUUUUAUAGGGAACCCCCUCCUGGUACAGUCCAAUGGAAACGACCAGGGGAAAUAAGCUCAGAUCCCCAUCUGUUUGUGGAAGGUAUUAAUUCCCAUGACUUGAAUCAAGGAAAUGUAGGAAACUGCUGGUUUGUUGCUGCGAGCUCAUGCCUUGCGUUGAAGCCACACCUCUGGAAAAAGGUGAUUCCUGAUUGGCAGGAGCAGGAGUGGGAUCCCAAACAUCCAGAAAACUAUGCCGGGAUCUUCCACUUUCAGUUCUGGGUCUUUGGUCAGUGGACAGAUGUGGUCGUGGACGACCGGCUGCCUACUAUUAAUGGAGAACUGAUCUACUGUCAAUCAAACAGCAAAAAUGAAUUCUGGAGUGCUUUGCUGGAGAAGGCUUAUGCCAAACUCUAUGGCUGCUAUGAGUCCUUAAAGGGAGGAAACACUGGAGAUGCUGUGGUGGAUUUCAGUGGUGCUGUAUAUGAACCCAUCAACCUACAGGAAGGGGCUUUCUACAAAGAUCCAGAAAAACAAAACACACUAUUUGAAAACCUACUCAAAGUUUAUGAACGCGGAGGAAUCAUUAGCUGUUCCAUCAAGGCAGAACCGCAUGAACUUGAGUUUAAGAUGGCAAACGGUCUGGUGAAGGGUCAUGCAUACUCUGUGACGGCAGUGAAGAGAAUACGUUUAGGUCAUGGGCUGGUGGCGUACUUCAAGAAUGAAACUAUUCCUAUGAUCCGAAUGAGAAACCCCUGGGGAAGAAUGGAGUGGAAUGGAUCCUGGAGUGACAGCUCUGAGGAAUGGUCCAAGAUUGGUGAUACAGAGAGGCACAAUCUUGGUCUCACAGUAGAAGAUGAUGGGGAGUUCUGGAUGUCAUUUGAAGACUGGUGCAAAAAAUUCACUGAUGCUGAUGUUUGCAGCAUUAUCAACACCUCACUUGUCAGCAUCCAUAAGACAUGGAGCGAGGUUUUGCAUUUUGGGAGCUGGACCAAACAUGGCGAUCCACUCCUAAACCGCUGCGGUGGUUGUGGUAAUAACAAUACAUUUCUGCAGAACCCUCAGUAUAUGUUUGAUGUAACAAAGGAAAUAGAAGAAGUGCUGAUCACCUUGCAACAAAAAGACCGGAGGACCUUUAAAAAAACCGGUCAAGGAGAAAAUUUAUCCAUUGGCUUUAGUGUUUUGAAGGUGGAAUUGAACAGAAAGUACAGAAUACACCGACUGCUGAGUCAGAAAUCCAUGGAAAGCUCGGUUUUUAUCAACGCUCGGUCAGUUUUCGUGAGAUGCAUCCUGCCUCAGGGCCGAUACAUCAUCAUCCCAUCCACCUUCCAAGCUGGUGAACUGGGAGAGUUCAUGCUGCGAAUUUUUACCGAUGUGGACUCAGGCUGCCGUGAACUGACUGAAGACAAACCCAAAGUGAAAUGCUGGACUCCACUUUUUGGGUAUCCUCAAGCAGUGACUCAUGUCUUUGUUGAAAAAGCUGAGAGACUGGAAAACCAGGACAGGACGGCAGGUGCUGACCCUUAUGUGAUCAUUUCUUGUGAGGGCAAGUCUGUGAAAUCCAUUGUCCACAAAGACACUCUAAAUCCACAGUUCGAUACAAGCGCUGUUUUCUAUAGGAAGAAGCCUAGCAAGCCCAUAACUGUGGAGGUGUGGAACAGCAAUGCAGUGGCGGAUGAAUUCAUGGGCCAGGUGGUGUUGCCUGGAUCACCAAAGGACUCUCAGCAAAAGCUGAAGCUCCAGCUCAGGAAGAGGGGCAGUAACAUGGCAGACGAGAUGCCCGGCAGCAUCAUCCUUUGUAUUGCUACUGACACUGAAUUGACAGCCAUAUAAUGCAUAUCAGAGUAGUUAUAUGAGAUUACACCAUUGAUGCUGUAGCUAAAACCAGUCAGAGCCUCAUUUCUUUAUAGAAAUGUUAAAAUGUUAGAGAAGUUGUGAACAGUUUUUUUUGUCCUACCUCUUUUGGCAACUUUCCUUGUUUACCUGAAAAGCUUUUUAAAAACCCUUUUGUACAUUUAUUAUCUUUCAAUAAUCUAGAGCUACGUUAAUUGCAAAUAUGGAUAAUAAUUUGGAAUAUAUAUAUAUAUAUAUAUAUAUAUAUAUAUAUAUAUAUAUAUAUAUAUAUAUAUAUAUAUAUAUAUAUAUAUAUAUACACAUAUUUAUAUAGUGAUUAGAACAUAGUGAUUUCAGUAAACUUUUUCCAAAGAUCAAUUUCUCCAGCAGCUCUUAUCUUUUCCUCUCCUUUUUUUUUAAAUAUUAUUUGAGUUCCCAAACUGUUUUUAUUUAUUUUUUUAUUGUUUUUUUUUUUAUACACUCAAGACACAGCCAUGCACAAUUUAAAGUUCAAAAAGUCUAUUGCUUCAAACACAAUUAAAAAUAGUUUAUCCAAAACCUCACUUCCCCGUCACUCAUUUGUCCUCUUUUUAAAGAUGGGGUGGGGUAAGGGUGGUGGUGGGGGGUCGCUGCUGAGGUAUGUCAGAUGGAUCAGCAGUUUUACAAAGCUAGACAAGAAUAAGAGUUAUAAUAAUAAUAAUAAAGAUAAUAAUUUAAAAAGUAA